AUGCGUGUCUUAAUAGUCUUUCUUGCCGUUGCUGCCGUAUUUGCUCAUGGCCAGUCCCAGGAUUCCGGUUAUGAAGCGGCUGAAGUAGAUCAACCUGAACCUUCUGCUCCAGCUAGCGCAGAUGGAGGAGACCAGCAAGCCUAUAAUUCAGAUGGUGGAUCCGGUGGAGGCGGUGGUUCUCCUCCAGCUCCUCCUCCACCUCCACCUCCACCAGCACCCGCUCCAGCUCCUGAACCUGCACCAGGUCCUGUACCUACUCUAGCGCCUGAA